AUGAGUGAGGCCGCCACCUUGGUUUCCUUGACAGUAAUGUGGAAUCCAAUUGCUGUUUUUCCUGGUGUGGCACAGGUUCCGUGUGAAUCAAGAUUAAAGUCUCAACUCCCACAAGUUGAAGUCGUGCGGCCUGAGGCGCUGGCCGCCCUCUUGGACUUUGCCUACACAGCCACACUCACAGUCAGUCAAAACAGUGUGGUUGACAUCUUAAGCGCCGCCCGUGUGCUGGAGAUCUCACCUGUCCAAGACGUCUGCACACACCUGCUGGACACCAAAGUGCUCUCCCCGCCGGCGGGCAGUGAGCAAGAAGAAGACCAGGAAGAGGAGGAACAAGGAAAGAAUGGAAAAGAGCAGGGCAUCCGGCUGCGUGCCCAUGAGUACUUGGAGUUCUUCCAGAGGGGGGCGCAUUGGGGUAGCAGCUGCAGCACGCCAGAGCUCAGGGACCUGCCUGCACACCUGCACUUUAGCCAACGCAACGGUGCUGACAGCAAUGGCACGCCCAUCGGCCCUGCUGACUACUACUCCUCACUGGCCCAAGCCCUAUCACAGCCACCUCGUGAACCCGAAGACAAGGAUGUGGAUGAGGAGUGCCAGGAUGGACCUUCAGUUCUAGCUCGAGGGAAAGGUGCAGAGGCUGUGAUGUCCAUUUAUGCUCCCACUCAGAAUGGACAUUACUAUCUCCAUCAGGCAGAGCCCAAAUCAGAGAUGGAGGUUGAGGGGACAGGUGAGCGGGAGCACGAACAAGGCCCAGCCAGUGCUUUGCUACAACAGAUGAUGGACUCCUUGGAGCGGAAAAGGGAACCGGCCACGACAGGUGGUGGAGGUGAGGAGGAUGGGCCGGAGGGCGAAGAGCCAGAUGUGGAGUUUUACUUGAAGUACUUUAAUAGUGUGCAGCACGAGGAAGCCACCAGUGCCCCCAUGUCUCCAAGUGUGCUACCACUGUGGUCAUUAAGGGGCAACGGAGGUGGAAACCAAGCGACUGGAGGGGGUAACAGCAGUGAGAGGAAGAUACGGUCUAAGGCCUUCCAGAAGUGCCCUAUCUGCUCCAAGGUCAUCCAAGGUGCAGGCAAGCUUCCACGCCACAUCCGUACACACACAGGAGAAAAGCCCUAUGAGUGCGCCAUCUGCAAAGUGCGAUUCACCAGGCAGGACAAGCUAAAGGUUCACAUGCGCAAGCAUACAGGAGAGAAGCCUUACCUGUGUACUCAGUGUGGUGCCGCCUUUGCCCACAACUACGACCUGAAGAAUCACAUGCGUGUGCACACAGGCUUGCGCCCCUACCAGUGCUCCAGCUGUUUUAAAACCUUUGUGCGCUCAGACCAUCUCCACCGCCAUCUCAAGAAAGAUGGCUGCAACGGCAUCCCUUCCCGUCGAGGCCGCAAGCCACGCAUACGAGAUUCUGAGCUCCUGGAAGGUCCUAUGGAACUUCAUGGCCCAGAAGCAGACAUUGAGAGAGGUCAGCGGCAUCCGGACAGGGGCACCGGAACAUCAGUCAUGGAGGAAAAUCACGGUAGUCACACGCACAGUCCGGUUGCCGAUGGGGAAGGUAGUGAAGAUUUGACCUCGGGACAAAGGAACUCUGCAACAACAUGAAUAAACUUCUUCAGAGAGGGCUUCACUCAAAAA